UCGCCUCUCGUUGGUCUUCCUGUCUCUCCAAACAGCAUGGCGAACUUGGAACAUGCUGAAGACGACCCAAAACAUGUGAAAAUGUCCGGAGAAUUCCCCGCUGCUUGCGCACCGUUCCAACCGGCCGACGGGGCUCUUGUGCCGGGUACGCAAGCGGGCGUCGUCCCGUCUGUCAUCCCUUCGUUCGCCGCGGCCUCGGAGCUGCUGUCAGCGCCCUACUCGUGUCUGGUGAGGAGCACACACCGUAGACACGUCGUCCUGCCGCCCAAAUACCUGAAGAAGAAGCGGACAGGUAUCCAGGAGGAGCUGGAGGCUGAACUGCUCAGGUUCUCUCAGAGAUUGAGAGGAGUGCCUUUAGCUUAUGAGAACAUCAGCAUAGUGGGCCAGCAUGGAGACAUUUACGAUGACAGCGGCUACAUCCACAUGGACGUAGAAGCCAACUUUAUUCUAUUUCAGCCCAAAAAGGGACAAAAACUGCUGGGUAAGGUGAAUAAGCUCGGAGUAAGCCACGUGGGUUGCCUGGUGCACGGCUGUUUCAACGCCAGCAUUCCCAAACCAAACUUGGUCUCGGUGGAAACCUGGAGGGACGCAGGGCCGAGGAUCGGGGCAGAGCUGGAGUUUGAAGUGACUGCGCUCGAUGCUGACACUGCAGGAGUGCUGCUGAUCAGAGGACGGAUGGACAGGACCAGGGUGCAGGAGCUGCUCGCUAUGGGUGAGAGCUCAGAAUCCACUGUUCCUGAAGAACAGACAGAACCACAAGACACAGAACCAACACCGGAACCCACCCAGGAUUCUCUUGAUGGCACACCUAAGAAAAAAAAGAAAAAGAACAAAGUGAAAGAGGAGGAAACGGAGGAAGAGAUAGUGAGCGUAUCCUCUGGCCAGCAGGACAGCAGUGCAACGGCAGCGCUCAACGGAACUACGGACGAGGCAAACGGCGAUGAAGCUGGCGAGAAAAAGAAGAAGAAAAAGAAAAAGGAGAAACGCCUGAAAGAAGAGGAGGAAGAGAUGGAGCUCUCUCGAGUGGAGGUCCACGGGAGUGACUCCAGCGGCUAUAUCAGUGACAAACCAAGCAAGAAAAGGAAGCAUGAAACUGCAAAUGAAGACACAUCGGGACUUAGUGAAGAUCCUGAACCCAAAAAAUCAAAGAAGAAGAGGAAAAGUGAUAUUGAGCAGCUUACUUGAAGUUAAUAGUGGAUCGAUGUUCUGUUUAGAUGAGGCGAUACCGACAACGUUAAUGACAAUGAUGUUUCCAGAGGAAUACACUGAUGUGCCUUCACGAUUAAACACAGUUUUUUGGAAAGCAAGAUUUCUGAAUCGUACUGGGUUCUUCUAAGCUCCUUUAAAUUCAUUUAAACAGAAGAUCAAACGUGCAGGAGAGCAGAGAAAUGAGAGGAUAAGAGCAGAGCUGACAGGCCAUUUCCCUUUGGAUUGCGAUUCCUCGACUCUGCCUGAUGGUGGCGCAACACUGCUGCAUACGCCCACACCAGCCAGGACACAAAUACCCACAACUGAAAACUGCUCAGUUUUGUCUUUUUAAUGCGGCCAGCAGAGACAGUUUUCUCUUUUAAGUAUGAAAAUUAAUCAUUAGUUAUCCACCAUUUUUCUACGGUUUUUCCUGAUCAGCUGUCAGACAACUGAUGCAGCCAAACUCAAUUCAAGAUGCUUAUUUAGACAGUUUUUGAAUAAAUUGACUGGAUUACAGCAACACAGGUGGGAAACAUGUUACUACCUUAACUUCAUAAAAGUCUGCCAGGAGCCUGAUACAGUUCUAAACAUCUGUAAAUGUAUCAGACACAGUGACAAACAGAGCAGUGAUGAAUAAUUAUCGCUCAAUCACUGACGUCCUGUUGUCUUUACUGGAUGUGUGUUUUGCCUUCUUUGACUGAGAACCAAAUGAAAUGAAAAAUAAACAUUUGAUUCUUAUCCCA